AUGGCGGCCGAAAAACCCGUCCUCAAGAUCCUCAUGCUGCACGGCUACACACAAUCUGGACCGCUAUUCCGAGCCAAAACACGGGCCCUUGAGAAGCAUCUCCAGAAGUCGUUUCCUCUGCACUCCGUUAUCCUUUCCUACCCCUCUGGCCCCAUCCGCCUCGACCCCGCCGACAUCCCCAACUUCCGCCCCUCGUCGACAGAAUCGGAGGAACGCUCGUCGCAAGAGCUCUACGCGUGGUGGCGGCGUGUCACCGGCAUUGACCCGCCCGAAUACUUGCAGUUCGACUGCGGCCUGGAAGUUGUCGCGAACGUACUGAGAGACGAGGGCCCGUUCGAUGGCGUAAUCGGAUUCUCCCAGGGCGCCGCUUUCGCCGCUAUGCUUGCCGGCCUGCUCGAAGACGGAAGACAGGAAGCAUUUGAAUACUUCUCAAAGCCGGAGAACAACAGCUCGCCGCUCACCCGCGCUUCAGGGAGCUUUGCCCAGCCGAUUCCCACGCAGCUGCCGCAGCCAGUCAUCGGCACCGUCUCCGGUGUCUCCUUUCCUACUCCCUUUCUAGGCUUAACGCAGCCUCCUCUGAAAUUUGCCAUUUGCUAUUCUGGAUUUCGCGCACCGGGUGCGCGAUAUCGUGCUUUCUACGAGCGCCCCGCGAUUCGUACGCCGGUCCUGCACGUCCUGGGCAGCCUAGAUGCCAUAGUUGACGAGAGUCGGAGCCGGUUUCUAAUCGAUUCAUGUGCGGGUGAUCCGGAGAAAGAAGGAAAGGUGAUUUGGCAUCCAGGAGGCCAUUUUCUACCGUGCCAGAGACCGUAUCUGGACGGAGCUGCCAAAUUUAUCAAGGAGUGUUUGGAGCUGGGCGGUGGCCUGGAUAAGAGCGAGAUACGCCGUGGUGGUGGUAAGUCGGAGAUCGAUAGUCCGGUGGAAGAUAUGGCCAUGCCGUUCUAA